AUGGAUGCGCCUGGGUAUAUGUCUCCGGAUGGCACAGGAUUUGGUGAUUCAAAAACUGGAAGGCAUGAAGUUCAAAUAUGGGCGAACAUGCUUGACACUGAAAUGCAUUCAUUGUAUCUGGCCAUGGACGUACAUGCAAUGAAGGUGCAAUUAGAAUACGCGCCUGACACGACCAUGAACCCCGACCACGACUGUAAAAUCACGACCUCCGUCAACCAGGCUAAAGAGCGCGAACCGGUGGACCUAGUGCGAAGUGGGUCAAACCAACUCCGUGUCCGUAUUGGCUGCUAA